AUGGGAAAGGAGAGGGACGCCAGGUCCCAGGGGCCAGAGGCCAGACAGCAAACCGCACGGGGAGCCGACGAUGACGACCCGACGGCAAAGCGCAAACACGUUGCUUCGACCGAGACCAUCGCGCACCCUCCCAGCAAGAAGGCCCGUUUGGCUGCGGACCUGAGCCUCCCCGCCGCCGAGGACACCCGGGCGCUCGAGGCCGUCGAAGCCAAGUACGACGUGCAGAUUCACUCGGUCAUCUCGUCGUCCAAGAUCCAGAAGAAGGUCACGUCGGUCCUGCGGCAUCUCACGCCGCGCGCCAAGGCCGCCGACGAUGCUCCGCCGACGGCGACGGGCAAGCCUCGAGUCUCAGUCCUGCGCGCCAAGGCCGCCGACGCGGGCAAGCUCAUCAGCAUCGCCGAGAUCGCGAAGCGCGAGAUAGCGCAGCUGGAGGACGGCCAGGGUACGUGGUUCCAGUACAUCGGGCUCGGCGGGGAGGUUAAGGAGACGCCGAAGGAGAAGAAAAGGGACAAGACCAUCGUCCAAGAUACGGUCUUAGGCGGAAAGGGAACCAACGAGGAGGAGGAAAGUGACGAAGACGACGAAGACGACUUUGAAUACAUGAAGACGCCGUUCGAGCGGGCCAUCGAGGGCCGGCCCCAGAAGCAGAGGGUCGCCAUCAUGAGCCUGUUCCUCGCGCGUGUCCCAGUCGAGGAGCUGAAGAGACGGUAUGGUGGCCAGACAAACGAAGAUGCGGGCGCAAAGACCGCCAAGGACAAGACCUGA